AUGCGUUGGUUUGCCAAGGAAGACCUUAUCACUAGCGAUGAUUAUGGCAAUAUUCUGCUCCUGAAAGAGAGUAAAGGCUUUAAAAAUCCGUUAAUUCUUGUCAGCCAAGGCUCUUUUCCAAACAACGUCGGAUUCUUUAGCGAUGCCCUUAUUAGUGCUGAUGGCCGAUAUUUUGCAGUUCCUAAGAAUUCGCUGAGUAACUUUCGAUACUCUAAUUUGGCUGUUUAUGAGAUAUACGAAUAUAAUAAUGGUACAAUAAGUUCUGGGUACAAAGCAGAAAGCGCUGAAGUUUCUGACAAUUACCUCCAACUUUUCGUUUGGAACCCUCUUUCAGGCAGUAACGAUUACGUAACUGUUUAUGGAAAUAACAUAUACUAUCAUCCAAGCCCAGAAAACAAUAAUAUUACAAUACCGGUUACUACUACUGGUGGCCCUUUUAGGUAUAAUGGCGUCGCUGAUUGGCUUUAUGAAGGUAGUGUACAAGAAUCUUUUCCAGAAGAAAUUUUUGCUAAUUCUCAUGCUAUCUGGUGGUCACCUUCUGGUAAUUUAAUUGCAUACGCAUCAUUUGAUGACAGUAGUGUUGAACUCAGCCAGACUAUACUUUUUAAAACUAAAGUGUUUCUUAAAUUUUGUUUUUUGUUAUGGAUACCACAUCAUACCUACGAACAUCCAAAUCCUGUUCAUGACGUGUACCCGUAUCCGACAACAGGAACAAAACAAAAUCCUGUUGUCGCGCUUUGGGUUUGGAAUAAAAAAACGAAGAAAACAGAAAGCGUGGCAAAACCAAGAGAACUGAACAAUCAAAACAAAAACGGCGCAUACUUAUUUUCCGUUCAGUGGAUUGAACAAGUUGCGGACAAUGCAAAUUCGGCUGUACAGCACUUACUGCUUACUGUUUGGGCCAAUCGUCCACAAAAUGAAACUUAUAUCAGUUUAUGCAACCCGUCAGAAGAUUGUUCUGAGUCAGCGCUUAGAGUACAAAAAGUAUCUUUUGACAUUGAUGGACGAAAACUCUGGGCUGAGCCAUCCGAUUUCAAGGAUCUUCAAAUUCGCAGCUAUUCUGGUGGUUCUUACGACGUCAGUGAAAUUGUUGGCUACGCAAAAGACAGGGAUGAAAUAUAUGCUGGUCCAAAUACUGCAUCAUCAAAAGCAGAAACACCAUGGGAGUUGCUAACUUUUUUGGCAAAUAAUAGGCAGUACAUUAUAAUAACAAUUGAUGCGACUGGAUCAGCCAACAGAGGAUGGAACGUUAAGGAGGAAAUCUACAAAAACCUUGGCGGUCCCGAAAUCAACGACCAAAUUGAUAUUUUAAGAAAACUUCUUGCGAAAUACCCAUUUAUGGACAAAAACCGAGUUGCUGCAUUUGGAUGGUCUUAUGGAGGAUUUGUAACGCUUCAUAUUGGCGGACGAGAUGGCGGGAAGACUGUAAAAUGUGUAGUAGCUGUAGCUCCAGUCGUUAGCUUUCUUUAUUACGACAGUGCAUACAGUGAAAGAUAUAUGGGUAUGGUGGAAGACAACAUGUUCGCUUACGAGAAUGAAAAUAAUGAAAACUGGUUUAAGGUUUACCCAAAUGAAGGGCACUCGCUCCACAAUACGAUCAAUCAUCUAUAUCAUGAAGUCGACAAAUUUCUUCAUCACGACUGUUUCGGUUUCAAAGGCUCGUAA